ACGCGCGUAGUGAAAACAGAAAACCGGUCAUGGGGGCUAGUUAACGAUUCUCCACCGCGCGGCUGAAUUAUUAUUUUUACUUGUGAAAGUUAGGAUAAUAUUAAAUAACCCCGCAUCAACGUGUUGGUCGGUAGAUUUUCGCAGAAUGGGGGCCUACUUGUCAGAGCCAAAAACCGAAAAAGUAUCAAGCGAUGAAGUGGGCGACUCUGUGAUCUUCGGCGCCAGUUCUAUGCAAGGCUGGCGAAUCAGUCAAGAGGAUGCACAUAACUGCUGCUUAAACUUUGACAAGGAUGUGUCACUUUUUGCUGUCUACGAUGGUCAUGGUGGUCAUGAGGUCGCAGCGUACUGUGCACAAAAUCUACCACAGUUCAUCAAAGAUACGGAAGCUUAUAAAAGCGGUAAUAUCGAACAGGCAUUGAAGGAUGCCUUCUUGAGGUUCGACGCGACCCUUGCUAAACCCGAGGUUGUCGCCAUUCUUAAGGAGAUUGUCGGCAACAGCUGUGGAGCUAAUCAAAAAGGAGAUAUCGACGAUGAUUCUGAUGAAGAGGAGAAUAUUCGCAAUCUACACAUCGAGGCAGAUAUGCCACUAGAUCAGGUCAUGGCUAAGUAUCAGUCCGAAGUCGCCAAUCCUGCACUAAAAGCUCUGAAGAAAGAGAAAGAUGGAAAGCCAGCCAGCCCCUACUUGCGAGCACGAAGAGGGGGAAGAGAUAAAGCCAGCUCUUCUUCAUCUCUGGCCGGCUGCUCUUCCUCCUCAUGGCACGACAACGAGGCUGAUGUUAGCAGCUCCAGCAGCCAGACUUGCGGAUCUACUUCUGUGGUGGCUCCAGAAACUAAACCAGCAACUGAUGGCAUCGGUAGCAGCGAAGCAGAACAGGUUUUAGACUCGACAACCAGCAAUGGAGAAUCUGUGCCCGGUCCACCACCCGAAAUCGUGGCCGCUGCCGAUAGCGAGCCGGCUAAAUCCAUUGAUAUGCCGGAUAGCUCAGAGGAUAUCAAAGGCCUUGUUUCUCCAAGUAAAACCAGUGUACAAGUUCAGCAGCCAACCACAAAUGAAACGGACGUUAAUGGUGCUGAAACAAAACCUGAACCACAAGGUGCAGACAGCAGUAAAGGAGGUGGAGAUAAUGUGACGAGUAGCUCCUGUUCACUACUCGAAAAUGGAGAAGCUGAACAGCAGGAACGAAUUAGCAGCAGUGGGCGAAGGAGGCCUGUUGAUUAUGGCUUACUCAGUAUGAAUGAUGGUGGGAGCGAAGACAGUGAUGAUGAAGAAAAUGAUGAAACCUUUGACGGGCUUCCUGAAAGUGAUGAUGAAGACGAUGACACCGAAGAUGUUGACGAUAUCGAUGAUGACGACAAUGAGGAUGAUAGCGAUGAAGAUGUCGAAGGCGACUAUGACGACGAGGAUGAUAAGUACACAAUGAAAAUGACAGAAGAACCUGGUUCUGACAGCGGUUGUACAGCGGUAGUGGCUGUAUUGGCAGGACGAGAGUUGUACGUAGCAAAUGCGGGAGAUUCCCGAUGCGUACUCUGUCGUAAUGGCCAAGCCGUCGAGCUCAGUCUAGAUCACAAGCCAGAAGACGAGCCUGAAAUGCAGAGAAUUAACAAAGCUGGUGGAAAAGUAACCGCAGACGGCAGAGUCAACGGUGGACUCAAUCUCUCCAGAGCGCUAGGAGACCACGCCUACAAGCAGAACAUGGAUCUGCUUCCUCAAGAGCAAAUGAUAUCUGCUGAACCUGACAUAAGAAAGGCAACUAUCAAUCCAGAGCAAGACGAGUUCAUGGUCCUAGCCUGCGACGGUAUCUGGAACUUCAUGUCUAGCCAGGACGUCGUACAAUUCGUUCAUACCAGACUCAAGCAGGGAUAUGAAAAAAUGUCCCAAAUCUGCGAAGAGCUUUUUGACCACUGCUUGGCUCCAAACACCCUAGGAGAUGGAACUGGAUGUGACAAUAUGACAGCUGUAAUCGUGCGAUUCAAAAAGCCAAGUGAUGCUACGGCGACGGCAACCGAGGCUUCAGACCCUUUGACUAUAUCAAUGGAAAAUAAGAAAAGGCCAGCGUCCCCUAUCGUCGCAGGGGACGAAGGUAACAUAUCUGCAGAAAAAGACGUAGCAACAGAUGCUAAGCGUCCCAAGAAGGAGGUUCUUAACAAGUCGAUGUAAACUCCACUAAUUGAUCUCUGCAGCCUGUUGAGUGACCAUAAUGAGCCCUUGUAAAGUUUCAACAAUUUGUGAAAUUAUUAUAAAAACUGUGGACAUAAACUGAGGAAUCAGCGAUUCUGUAAUGAGGUACUGUUAUUUUAUGGUUAAUUAAUUAAAUUUAAAGCGCGCAGGGUAUGCGAGAACGGUUUAGUGUUGAAUAUUGGUGGCAGACUGAUUGAUUGGAGCAGUUUAGGCCAUGCCUUGAUUUUUCGUUUCUGAUAAUUGAUCACAGAAGUAAGUUCUCACUUUGCUGGCAACUUCAUAAGACUAACAUCGCCGCUUGAAGCGGGUAUUCACACCUAAAAAUUUUCUAUUUUUGAACAACUGAUCAAGUUUAAAAACAAUAUUUCAGCAGACACGAAUCAAGAAUUUUAAAUUUGUGAUAAUCCUAAAAUAAUAUAAAAAUAAAAUGAAAUGAAUAA